CGCCUUCAGUUACCAAUUCUUAGCCAAGAAGAUUCUAUUAUGGCGGCUAUUAAAGAGAAUCCAGUAACAAUUAUAUGUGGUGAGACUGGAUGCGGUAAGACAACUCAAGUCCCGCAAUUUUUAUAUGAAUAUGGUUUUACUUCCAUGAUGAUUGGUGUCACCGAACCGCGACGUGUUGCAGCUAUCAGUGUAUCUAAAAGAGUUGCUGAAGAAAUGUCAAUGGCAACAAGCCAAGUCUCUUAUCAGAUCCGUUACCAAGGGAAUGCAACAGAUGACACCAGAAUUAAAUUCAUGACCGAUGGUAUACUAUUAAAAGAAGUUGAGAAAGAUUUUCUUCUAAAGAAAUAUGCUGUCAUUGUUCUUGACGAAGCUCAUGAACGUAGUGUAUUUACUGACAUCCUUAUUGGUUUGCUAUCACGGAUAGUACCUCUUCGAAAUAAAAAAGGAAUACCUCUAAAACUAAUUAUCAUGUCAGCUACAUUAAGAGUAGCGGAUUUUAGCGAGAACAAAAGGCUCUUCCCCAUUCCACCUCCAGUGGUCAAGGUAGAAACGAGGCAAUAUCCUGUUUCGGUUCAUUUUAGUAAGAAGACGCCAGAGAAUUAUGUUGCAGAAGCAUAUAGAAAAGUAUGUAAAAUUCACCGACAAUUAAAAGAUGGUGGUAUACUAGUAUUUUUAACUGGUCAAGCGGAAAUAAGUGCAUUAUGUCGUAAAUUACGUCGAACCUUUCCUGAAUGCAGCAAAAUCAAUGAAACCGAUACAACAGGUAGUAUUUUAGUACUGACUUGUGCAAUUCCCGUGGUUAUUUGUUUACUGAAAAAUACCUCCCCUCCAAAAUUAGAAGAUCGAGACUGCGAGAUUGACUGUGUCGAUGAUUUAUAUGACAAUGGAUUGGCCAGUGAUGACGAUGAAAGCCAAUCAGACGAUGAUGUUCCACAAGCAAAUGAUUCAAAUCUUCCCUUGUAUGUUCUUCCCUUGUUCUCGUUACUUAGCGGAAAGAGACAAAGUUUGGUUUUCCAACCUCCUCCGGAAGGAACAAGACUAUGUGUUGUAGCUACGAAUAUCGCAGAAACAUCAAUUACAAUUCCAAAUAUUAAAUAUGUGGUCGAUUCUGGAAAGGUUAAAAGACGAUACUUCGAUAAAGUUACUGGAAUUUCAUCCUUUGUUGUUACCUGGACCUCGAAAGCAUCUGCAAACCAAAGAGCAGGUAGAGCAGGAAGAACUGAACCUGGACACUGUUAUAGACUAUACUCUUCGGCUAUAUUUAACAAUGAAUUCGACGACUUUUCGCCACCAGAAAUGAUUAGGAGACCAGUAGAUGACCUGGUUUUACAAAUGAAGGCUAUUGGAAUCCAGAAAGUAAUCAAUUUUCCUUUUCCUACCUGUCCUGAAAGAGAAGCUUUACAGGCUGCCGAGCAACUGUUAUUCAACCUGGGAUCUUUAGAAGACAAAAGCAAUAACACAAAAAAGAGCUAUUCAAUAACAAGCUUAGGCAAAGUUAUGUCUCAGUUCCCGGUAGCUCCGCGAUAUGCUAAAAUGUUGGUUAUUAGCGAACAAUAUGGUUGUUUGCCUUACGUAAUCACUCUUGUUGCAGCGUUAACCGUAAAGGACAUUUUUUUCGAUAUCGAUGAAAUAAGUCAAGAUUCUUCAAAACAGGUAAGUAACACUAAACUUCGAAUAAAGCAAACGAGAAAAGUAUGGGCUUCUGAGGGUGCAAAAUGUUUAUUGGGAGACUACAUGGUGUAUUUGCGUUCUGUUGGGGCUUCAGAAUAUGCUAAAAAUAGCAUUGAUUUUUGCGCAAAGACUGGACUCAGAUACAAAGCGAUGACAGAAAUACGAAAGCUUCGUGUACAACUAACUAAUACUGUAAAUGGCAUAAACUCGUCUUCUAAUGAAUGCGUUGAUCCAAAGAUGCCUCCUCCAACACAGAUACAGUGCAAUCUCAUUCGCCAGAUUAUCCUUGCUGGCAUGUGUAAUUACGUUGCAAGGAAGGUGCCAGCAGAGGGAAUCAAGGAUCCUAAAAUGAAAGAUGCUUAUCAAAGUUGUUUAACCAACGAUUGGGUAUAUAUACAUCCUACGUCAUCGUUAUCGAAUCAAUUGCCAGAGUUUGUAGUUUAUCAAGAAAUUUUGGAGACUAAAAGACUAUAUAUGAAAAACGUAUGUGCUGCACAGCCCGACUGGUUUCCUAAACUAUUGCCAAGCCUUUGUACAUUCUCAAAACCGUUAGAUGAUCCGCCUGUUCGAUAUGAUACAGAUAGUGGCAGGAUUAAAUGUCAUAUGUCGUGCACAUUCGGUCCUCAGGCAUGGCCAAUCCCACCAGCUGAAGUAGAUUAUCCAGAAUCAAUCGAAAAAUAUAAAUGGUUUGCUGUAUUCUUAUUGGAUGGGAAAAUAUUUCCAAAAUUGUCCGCAUAUUCAUCAAAGCUCCUGAGCUCUCCGAAAACAAUGGUAAAAAGUUGGGCAAAGCUGCAGCCACGAACUGAAUCAUUACUUCAAGCAUUAAUACAUGAGAAUAUAGCUACACGUGACUCUUUAGCAGAAAAGUGGAAAAUCAAACCAGACUAUCUAUUUGAUGUCUAUUCGAGAUGGUUACCGCAGUCUUAUCAUGAGGAAGUAAUAUCGAUGUGGCCGCCUGUUAAGACAGACGAAUGA